AUGUCAUCUCAUCAAACUUCAAAAAUCUUCAUCAUUGGUGGUACAGGUGCUCAAGGCAUUCCUGUCAUCAAAUCUCUCGUUGCCGAUAAAAAGUAUCAAGUGCGAGUUCUUACCCGCGACACCACAUCCACUCGAGCUCAACAACUUCUCGCUUUUGGAAAUGUAGAACUCUUCGAAGGUACCUUUGCCGAUGAAGAGAUUCUGCGUGCCGGUUACAAAGGUUGCGAUGGAGCAUUUGUUAACAUUGAUGGAUUCAACACGGGAGAAAAAACCGAAAUGUUUUGGGCCAUUCGUUCUUAUGAAAUUGCUAUUCAGGAGGGCAUUAAAUUCUUCGUCUAUGGAAAUCUUGACUAUGGCUUGAAGAAAGGUGGAUGGCAGGAAAAAUAUCAUGUUGGUCAUUAUGAUGGGAAAGGAAGAAUCGGUGAAUGGAUCUUGUGGCAAAAUCAAAGUAACCCCAACGGAAUGGGAGCCGCAUUGUUUACCACGGGUCCGUAUAUCGAAAUGGCCAUUUCGGAACUUACAGUCAUGACACCUAGUGUAGAGAAUGGUAUUGUAACAUGGAGAGUUCCAUUGGGAGAUGGCGCAGUACCUCACGUGAGUUUGGAAGAUUGCGGACCCUAUGUUCGAUGGUUAUUCGAUCAUCCAGAGCGUAGUAAUGGUAUGGAUCUCCUUGUCGCCAUUGCCAAUAUCCCAUACUCUGAGAUGGCCACGGCGUUUGAGAAGGUCACGGGUCAUCCGGCGCAAUAUAUCGAUACCGAAUUCGAUGCGUAUUUUCAAAGAUGGGGAGCACUGGCUGACACGCCAGCGGGAUUUAAUGCGGAUCCAAAGGAUAAGGCAACAAUGAGUUUUAGAAGAAAUUUCACGGGUUGGUGGAUGCAGUUUAGAGAUGAAGUGUUGGAGAGAGAUUAUAAGUUGUUGGAUGAGAUUCACCCGGGAAGAAUGAGAAGCGCGGAGGAUUUCUUUAGGAGACAGGAGGAAAAUUUGAGAAAGGAAUCAGGAGGAAAGACUGGGUUGUGGGAGAGUGUGCAGAAGGAGAAUAUGAAGUAUAUUUUGAAGUUAUCAGAGGAUGGGAGAAAGGGUAAACUUUGA